UUUACGUCAUUUCUGUCUGCGGCGUUACCUGGGGCACAAGUGGAGCUCAGGCGGCGGCGAUUGGCAGGAGUUUUGCAUGGCUUGGAAACAGGAAUCAGAAUUUACAAAGAGAGAUAGAGCUGCCAGAGUCAUUCAGAAGGCCUGGAAAAGUUUCCUUAAUGUCGCUGUAUUCCAACACUUUAAAAGUCUGAUUAAUAUAAGAAGACAAGGGGAGCCACGUCAGAUACUGAAAUACAUUAAUCCUAAAGAGGCAGAACUUCUAGAUGCUGCUGCUGGCAUUAAUGUACGAUUCAGAUUAGGUGGUGUUAAAUUUCCACCUGAAAUAUACUAUAAAAUUUUCACUCACAGACAUAUUGAAGAUCUGUGUGCUAAUAGCCCUAGAGAUUACACAAAACUUCCAGCAAAACAUACAUCUCAUAUUAAAAGUGAUAAUCUUCAGGAAGAGGAUUAUAGUGGCUGGUAUCGUCGUACAGAGAACAAUGGCUGGAGGCCUGUUUCUGAUAAAUUUUGGAAGUCUACUGAAAAUGUAAUGGUGGGAGACAAAAAGGAAAGUGAAUUCCAUUUCUCUAAAUUAAAGAGAAGGCAAGAUAUAGAAAAGAAAAGAAAAAUUAGAAAAAUACAAUGGAUGCAGCAAAUGUACUACACAGGAAACCUGGAGGGUAAGUCAACAAAUCAUGAAACUCUAGGUUUAAUUCACACAGCAACAAAAGGGCUAAUAAGAGCUAUCGAAGAUGGUGGAAUAGAUUCUGUGAUGGAAUGGGAAGUGGAUGAAGUGCUGAACUGGACAAACACACUCAACUUUGAUGAGUACAUUGCCAACUGGAAGGAAAUUGCUACAAGCAACUCUUCAGCUAACUUCAAAAGUUUCAGGUUUGAGCAAGCACAGGAAAAAAAAUAUGACUAUAAAGAUAUAUUGGAAGAGGAAAUGGGAACACAAGAAGUUACUUCAUUUGACAAUAUUUAUGAAGGACCAACUUUUACUAGACUAAGGCCUGAUUCCACUUAUGGAAUAUAA